AUGUGGCCUAAUUCGAAGAUCGGUGUAAUGGGAUCCGAGCAACUCUCCUCCGUCAUGGAAGCCGUCGGAAAGACAGCUGAUCCAGCCUUAAAGGCUCGCAUUGACCACGAGUCUGAAGCUAUCUUUUCAUCUGCUCGCUUAUGGGAUGACGGCGUGAUCCCCCCAGCACAAACACGGAAUAUGUUGGGUCUGGGAUUGGCAGCUGCAUUGGGUGGAAAGGCCGAGCCAGACAUACAAACCAGGUUUGGAGUGUUCCGAAUGUAA